AUGCAAUUCACCACUCUCUCCUUGGCCCUGAUGGCCGGAUUCGCCGCCGCUUCAGCUCAUGAAGGUCAUUACCACCCGAAGCGUAUUACCAACGGUACCAUCGCGGCCACCACUAGCCUCGCUCCUCAAACCACCAUGACCGUUUACGCGACCACCGUCCGAACCAUCACCUCAUGUGCUGCAUCCAUCACCAACUGCCCAGCUCGUGCAAGCUCCUACGCUUCCGGUGCAGCUACCCCAUCCGAGGUUAUUGUUACUGAUACCAUCACUUUGGCAACCACCAUCUGCCCAGUCACCGAGGCUGCAUCUGCCAGUUCUGCUAUCACCAGCAAGCACUUGACAUCUGCUCUUGCAUCUCUUUCAUCUGAGAUCGCCAAGGCAGCCAGCUCCGGUUCUUUCUAUGGUGCGACUACCACUACAAUUGCUCUAGGUUCUAGUGCACUUCCAUCCGCUCUCACAAGUGGUGCUGUCCCAUCUGCACCAGCUGGCGUUUCCAGCGCAGCAGGUAUUGAGACCACUCCAGCUUCCUCCGGUGUUGCCGCACCAACUGGAUCCUCCCCAUACUCCAUCUCUGCUCCUCUCGGAACUGGUGUCGUUUCCUCUGCUCGCGUUGUUACCGGUAGUUCAAGCCACACUUUGACCUACACUCUCGGUUCCGGUUCAUCUACCACCGUUGUCACCACCACCAUUAUCGAGACUUCCGCCUCUACCAUCUACUUGACCGUUACCCCAUCUCAAACCGUUCCUGGUGCUGCUCAAACCCCUGCCGUUUCUUCCAACGCUGGUGUCGUUUCUUCUGCUGACUCUACCACUUCCCAAACCACCACCAUCUACGGUACCUCCACCUCUACUCACUACGUCACCGUUUCAGCUAUUUCCCCAUCUGGAUCCGCUGCCACUAGUCUCUCUGGUGUCUCCGCCGUUGUAUCAGGUGGCUCUCCAUCUGCCCCUGCUGGAUCUUCCCCAAGCGGUCCUUCAGUCCCAAGCGCCGGUUUACCAGUUGCAUCAUCUGGUUCUUCCGGAGUUGAGACCUGUGCUCCUGCAGAGGCCUCCACCGUCACAGUCACCGCCACUGUUGCCGCUCAAACCGUAACAGUUGCUGCUCAAACCGUCACAGUCGCCGCUCAAACCGUCACUGUUACCGCUGACUGCGCUGCCACUGAUGCCAUCUCCGGUAUUCAAACCGCUGUUGUCGCUACCUCUGCGGGCGCAGCUGUUUCUACCGAUGCCUCCGUCAUCGUUAGCACUGCCACCGUUGUCCCAAUUCCAGCCACCACCGCCGCUAUCUCUUCCAUUCCUCACUACGGUAACGGAACUGCUAUCACUUCCACCAAGAAGUCCAGAUGCGCAUCUUCUGGUUUCUUGACCAGCAAGGCUAGACCAACUGGCGCCAAGCCAACUGGUUACUAA